AUGGAGCCGCAAGUGAAACGCUGGAAAUGGUCGGUGUGCAACUCGGACUCCUGGGUCGCUUACCCUGUACUGUCAGAUGAGCAUUCACAAGACAUUGAGUUGAUGGAGGCGUUUGCCUCACCUAUUGUCAACAAAAAGGAGACAGCUCGACUUGUCAGGGAGCUAAACAGCCUCUAUCCGCUGAGCGGCCUACAGCACAUCAAGAGGGUGCGGGCGUGCAAGGAGCAGGGCAGCCCUCACCCCCUGGAAGUCCUUGUGUGCCUCGUUAGUGAUGCACCGGACAUGGAGGCAGUCAGCCUCGACUCUCUAUUGCCCUCAGAUGGAGUCCUACAUGAUGGACUAGGUGAGCCUUUUGUGGUUAAGGUCCCUGCACGUCCCCCCUUGACCCGAUCUCAAUUCGAGCAGACGAGCAGACACUGGCCCACCUCUUUUCACGAGGACAAACAGGUGACAGUCGCCAUGAGAGGAGAGCUCUUCAGUCCACCUCAGAAAGCCUCAAUGCACAUGUACAUGAUGUCUGCUCUUGCUGCCGCUAAUGCUGGAAAGGAGAUGGGGAUGGAGGCAGUUGGGGCUGUAGUGGUAAACCCAGCGACGCAGAGAAUCAUCGCAGUGGGUCAUGACUGCCGAGGCCACCAUCCUCUCAAACAUGCAGUCAUGGUCUGCAUCGAACUUGUCGCUCAGAGCCAGGGUGCUGGAUGUUAUUCUUUUGAUAGAUAUCCUGCUUGCCGAUUCAUUUCACCAACCUCAGAUACGUGUCUAAAUGUGCCUGACGCAGAGGCUAGCUCUCAGCCGUACAUAUGCACCGGGUAUGACCUUUAUGUGACCCGAGAACCAUGUGUUAUGUGUGCCAUGGCACUGGUCCACUCCCGGAUUGGCCGCGUGUUCUAUGGGACCGCUUCUGCUGACGGGGCAUUAGGGACCAAGUUCAAAAUUCACUCCCAGAAAGAUCUGAACCAUCGCUUUGAGGUGUACAAAGGGGUUUUGAUCACACAGUGUGAGGAUCUUAACAGGUCGGACGACCACAUCCAAAAGCAAAGUCUAGAGGAACGUAGAUGAUUAAUGUACCAGUCCAAUCAGUGAGUCUGGAGCUGAAAGAUUCUUAAUAAACCAUUUUUUUUUUCAAAAGCAUUUGUUUUAAAACCUGUGGUAGCUGUGUUGUUGCAUUGGAGGCAUGUGUGUAGUUGAAAACCAGCAACAAUGAGGAUUCCACCAAAAUUCUGUGACAUGGAGAGAAUAAAGUCAGUGACUCUGGAACCUGACUCGGAAUACAUCACCAGUGCAGAGAGAAAUGUUGGGUCCUUGUUUUUUAAAAUAUGGAAUCGGUAUCCAUCAACUUGCAAAGUACGUGAGGUUUGUAAUAAACCUAUAUUACACACAAGACAUUUUUCAGAUAAACAUCAUGAUAGUUUUUUAAGCUUUUCAUGUAGUUCCUCCUUGAUUUGAUGUUUAAUUCCACGUGGGCAACAGCUGGUUUGGGUAUGUGUUAAUGCCUCUCCUGAUAAGUUGAGGAUAGUAAGUGUCACUCCUGUCAGUUUGGUCCUCCACCACAGCUUAGGAUUCCACUUUCCAUACAGUUUAUGUACAUAGCUCACAUCAAAUGCAAAUUGUGUAGACGGGUAAUCUGUAAAGUAAAUCAAAUGUAAUAUUCCUUCAUAAUCUGAGAGAAUCUGACUACCUUUCUGGAGUGUAGUAUCUUGAAUUCUCAUUACUUAAUUAGGUUAAUCUGACUUUUCAGGGGGGGCGGGGGCUCCCGUUGGAGGCCCCCUACCCAAUUCAAUGCUAGGGGAAACACUGGACCUUAUAGACAUAUGGUGUGUCUCCAAAUCACAUACAAUUGAUUACAUUCACCACGGGUGGAUUUACCAGUCAAGGUGUAGAAACGUCUCAAAGAUGAUCAGAACUGGGAGGCACGCGUGUCACACCAUAUUGUCUGGAUACCUAUAUCAUUAUGUUGUAAUUACAGUUUUCCUUUCAUAAAUUUGCAAAAAGGUGUUAACUUCUGUUUUAACUUUGUCAUUAUAGGGUAUUGAGUGUAGAUUGAUGAUGGGGAAAUGUUUUUAUUUUAUUUUUGCAUAAGGCUGCAAUAAAAUAAAAUGUAAAAACAA